AUGGUUGAACUCGAGGAGGAUGGCGGCGGAUUCGAGAGCGCGAGAGAAGACAAAGAAGAAGAGCAAAAGGAGAAGAACACGACGAAGCGCACGAGGGAAAUCCUGGACGUUUUCGUGCGGAACUUACCACAUUCCACGACGGAUGAGUCUCUGGAAAACGCGUUCUCGGAAAUCGGUCUCGUUCGUCAAGCGUGGGUGGCGCGAGAGAAAGGCACGCAUGUGCACAGAGGGUUCGGGUACGUGACGUUUUCGAUGAAAGAAGACGUGGAGGAGGCUUUGAAACUGAACAUGAAGAUGGAAAUCGAAGGGAGGAAGAUUGGGAUUUUACGGAGCAAAGAGAAGGAAAAGGUGGAUUUUAAGGAGAGGAAACGUCUGAAGCGAGAGAUGCGAGAGGAGAAGGGAGAAACGACAAAGGAAGAUGAAGACGACGACAGGAAAGAGAAAGAAGAAGAGGAAGGUACGACGAAGGAGGACGAACCGAGGAAAAGGACGACGACGACGAAAGAGGAGCAGAAACAAAAGCGGAUACGACAAUCGAAAGGCGCGUCGGCUUCGACCGGGACAACGGCGGCGACGAUGACUUCAGAGGAGAAGAAAACAGUCAUCAUCGCGGGUUUGAAAAUUGGGGGUGAGAUUAAAGGCGUGGAGGCGGCAAAAGUGAUACAUUUCUUUAGAACGGAUAAACGAUUGAAGAAAAGCGUGUCCGAAGAGACUGCGAAAGUCUUAGUAGAACGGUUCGAACAAAUCUGUAAAGAGAAACCGGCGGAUGACCAGACGUGUAAAAAAUAUAAAAUCAGAGAGGAUGGCGCCACUCGAGGCGUCGUUUUACUCAAACUUAAGCGCGAGGAGGACGUGAAAACAGUCGUCGAGCGCAUGCAUAAGUUAAAAUUUGAGGAAACGAAAAAAGACAAACAGCAAAAAAAGGUCAACUUUGAAAAGCGAGCGAAAGGCGAACGCGACUCCGGCGACGCGAACGCAGACAGCGACUCGUUGUGGUCACGCGCGUUAGUCGGUGAAGGCGCGAAUCCGAAGAAACACAGAGUGAUUUUACGGAACUUGGCCUUCCACGCGACCGAGAAACAAAUACGAGAUUCAAUCGCUAAGAACGUUUCCGAGACUGCAUUCGUCUGGGACGUCUCCAUCCCAAUCGAUCAAACGACAAAGAAAAUGCGCGGGUUCGCUUUUGUAGCUUUCAUUACCGCAAAAGAUGCGGUCUCGUGCGUGGAAAAAAUGAACGGACAGAAAGUUGCGGGACGCGUCGUAGCUGUCGAUGUUGCGCUCUCGAAGAGGCAAGAGAAGGAGAGUCAAGUUUUAGCGGCGUCGCAAACACCAAAAGUGAAUGAUGACAAUCAUGACGAUGGCAACGAAGAAGAAGAAGAAGAUGAUGAUGAUGACGGCGACGACGACGAUGAAAAUAACAACGACGAUUCUUCGUCUGGCCAUGGCAGCUCUUCUUCUUCUUCUUCUUCUUCUUCUUCUUCUUCAUCUUCCUCCUCCUCGUCCGAUGAUGAAAAAGAAAGCGAUUCGGAAUCAGAAUCGGAAGAAAAGAUGCCGGACAGAUUUAACAAAGAAAACAAACCGUCGAACCAGCAACCACCGAACCGAACUAUCUUCAUUCGGAACCUUCCUUUAGAUGCGACCAAAGAACAACUAGAGGCAAAGUUGAAACAGUUUGGAAGAAUCAAAUCGUGUCGAAUCGUGUACGAGAAAAUUACCAACCGGUCGAAGGGCGUCGCGUUUUGUGAUUUCUGGGACGAAGCUUCCGCGAAAAAGUGCGUCGACAGAUGCGGCGACUUGGAGACUACGAUUACCGCACAAGAAAUGAAAAGCAAUAAAAAGGGAGCGAAAAUAGCCGCCAUGACAGCCUCGAGAAGAACACCUUUACUCGUGGCUGGACGACCGGUGAGCAUAGCGCUAGCGGUGUCCAAAGAAGAUGCGGCAAAGAUGAUGCAAAAGGAAACGACGCAUUGGAAGAGCAACAUGAAUAAAGAAGAACGAGACAAACGGAACUUAUAUUUAGCAAAGGAAGGACAGGUGCACGAAAACUCGCCCGCCGCGAUUGGCGUUUCGAAAUCAGAUAUGGAAAAGAGAAAACGCGGCGACGCCGAACGACAAGCGCGAUUGAAAAAUCCAAACUAUUUCAUCUCAAAAACAAGAUUAUCCGUGAGAAAUGUCCCCGCUGACUUUGACUCAAAACUGUUGAAGCGUGCGUUCUUGGAUGCGACGCAAAAGCGAGCUUCGAAGAAUACGACGCCGAAGAUUGUCAAUUGCAAAUUACUCGUCGAUACCUCGAAAGGUAAAGCUGGAACGACCGAUGUCGAAACUGGAAUUCAGAAGCAUAAAGGUAUUGGUUUCGUUGAGUUCGAUACCCACGAAGAAGCGAUGACGGCACUGAGAGCAAUGAACAACAAUCCAGAAGUGUUUUCAAAGCAGAAGCGACCGAUUGUUGAGUUUGCGGUGGAAGACGCUCGUGCGGUGAAGAAAUUAGAAAAGAGGAAAUCCGAUCGCGAGUUACAAAAGAAACGUAAUAAAUAUGAGAACGGAACACGCGACAACGAAGGCGACGAAGACGAGAACGAUGAAGCUCACCCACCUAAACGGAACAAAAACAGCAUCGAAGGCCGGACGUUCCCAUCCGAGCGCGUGGCGAAGAAAGUGCACAGAAAUUUGGACCGAAAAAAGUUGAGAAACGAGCAGCGCAAAAAGGCGCGAAACGGCGAAGACGAGGGUGCACCGACGACUACAAACACUGAAAUCACGGACAAGUUUAAGAAACGCAAACAAGAACACGCCGACGCGAAAAGGGAUGUCCCCGAGGGUGAAAACACGAAAAGAGCAAAGAAAGUUGUGAGUGCUCCUUCGAACCCAGUUGCUGCGCGCAAAGUCGUUAUUGAAAACACAAACAAAAAAGGCAAACAUAGAGGCGACAAGCGCGACACAACCGACGAUUUGAUUGACAAGCACUUGGCGAGCGCAAUGUCCGAAGGAUUAUCAAAUUGGCUAUGA